AUGCAGUUCUGGAAGCCCAAAGACAAGCCAUCCGAACUUGAAGCAACCGAGAUACCUGAGCGUAGCUUCCACCGGCUAGGGUCACACACUAAUAAUACACAAAACGACUUCUUGCAACCUGUGACCAACCUCGAAGAUGCCGAGUCAAGACAACCAAGCCAGUUUUCGCAAAUCGAGCUGACCGAGAUCACGGAUGUCGCGCCGAACGAAGCAUCCAUGUCCACGUUCGAGGAUGAUGAUGAGGUCAAACGACGCAGUGUUGAUAGAGCGCUGCAUAGCAAACCUGUUGCGACUUUCUUGGCUUGGUUUGCGCUUUGCGUGUGCUGCAGGCGGAAGGGCUGA